AUGGUGGAUGCAGAUACACCUGUUAACCCUGAUGGUGUUGAUCGAAUGGCAAUUGCUACCUCUAUAGAACGUGAUCAUUUAUCUGGGACUUUGUUAAUAUUUGGAGGUGUGAAUAAUAUUAAGACACCUAAAAUUGCGAAAUAUUCAUUACCAAUUCUUGCCAACAAAGAUAUUGUUGAGAUGCAUUCUUCAUAUACUGUAGAAACUUUACAUAAAAAACAAGAUCGUUAUCUAUUAUUAUUACGAAAAUUUCCGUUAUGA